AUGGGUAAGGGAAAUGGUAAAUCAAAAGAUUCAAAAGGUUCAGAGAAAUCUUCAACAAAAACAAAAUUCUUUGUCGCAGUAAUGGGCGCUGGUUCAGUUGGUAAAUCAGCACUCACUGUUCAAUUCACUCAAGGAGUUUUCAUUGAUAAAUAUGAUCCAACAGUAGAAGAUACAUAUACAAAAACAUUUGAAUUAGAUGGUGAACAAGUAUGUAUUGAAGUAUUAGAUACAGCAGGUUCAGAAGUAUUAGUAGCAAUGAGAGAAUUAUAUAUGAAAAAUGCUGAAGGUUUUAUAUUAGUGUACAGUAUUCUUGUUAAAUCAACAUUUUUAGAAAUUAAAGAUAUCGUCGAACAAUUAUUUAGAGUUAAAGAAGAAGAAGAAGUACCAAUUGUUUUAGUUGGUAACAAAAUAGAUUUAGACGCUCACAGAGAAGUUUCAACCAACGAAGGUAAACAGUUGGCCAACUCUUAUCCAAAUUGUGAUUUCUGGGAAGCUUCUUCAAAGGAUAGAAUCAAUGUUGAUAAUGUUUUCUUUAGUAUCGUUAAAAGAAUUAAAGAGAAAUAUAAGAAAGAAGGUGCACCAGUUAAAGAAAAAAAAGAAAAAUGUAUCAUUAUGUAA